AUCACACUGCUGACAUAGGUUACAUCUCGUACCAGGUUCGUGAUUGGAAUGUGUGCAGGAUGAGCAGCACAUUUGUGACAUUAGCUGAAGUACUGGAGGCUCGAGGGGGACCUCUGCUGGAGGAGGAGGUCUGGUCCCUGCUGCUGGCCACUGCAGAGUCUUUAGUGGAUGCCUCUUAUAAGGGUCAGAACAACAUGUGUAGUAUCAUAAGCCCCACCUCUUUGCUGCUGUCAGCCACUGGUACCUUAGCAUUUAAGAAUUGUGGCCUAUCAGAGGAUGUUUCCACCUUCACCGCUCCAGAGAUGCUGCAGGGCCGUGCCAGCUCAAGCAAACCUGCUUUAGAGAGGAUGCUGGUGUAUUCACUGGGUAUGACUCUCUACUGGUCGGUUGAUUUUCACCUACCUCAAAAUCAGCCGGUCCAGUUGAGUGACCACCUGAACAGCCUCCUGCUCAGCAUGUGUGAGGACCUGGCCCACCGCAGGGUGAACCUCAUCUCCAUCCUGGAAGCCUGCGAGUCUCAGCACAAAACCAACAUCCUGCCGCCACCCCCCACAGUCAUCCGACAGCUGGUGGAGGAAGUUUUUCACGAAUCAAUGGACCAUGGCUCUCUGCCAGACAGUCAGGUCCCUUUGAGUGGCAGGAGCCAGAUGAUCAGAGAGAGACUUCAUGGAAAGAAAGGGCCACUUUCAGACUUCAGCGAAGGGAGUGCUGAAGGGAGAAGAUACUCAACGGACUCUGACUCAAAGUCAGUUAAUUUACCUCAGAGACCUUGGAGACAAAGACCAAGGAGCUCUCCCACACCGCUGUACCAGUCUUCUUUAGAAAGACUCCCUCGUGGGGUCCGUCACAGGGACAGCAACUGCAGUUGGCUUGGUAGGAGCCCCCAACACGACUCCUCUCCCAAAACAUCAGGCAGAUCGCACAGUCCUUCCAUCACCUUCAGCGAGUCCUCCAUCAGCCUGAGCCAGAGGACAUCGAAGGCUUUGGGUCCUGAGUUCGUCAGAAUGCCAGAUGAACAACACAUUGUUCUCGAUCUCCCAGGAUCUAUUGUGUCCAGAAAGGGCCGUUCGUGUUCGUCUCAGAGAGAAGUGACUGUAGUUCUGCUUAACGGGCAGUAUGUGAUGGUGCGCUGUGACAUUAAGUCCAGAGGAAGAGAUGUGUUUGACAUGGUGGUGGCUCAUGCAAACUUGGUGGAACACUUCUACUUUGGUCUUGCCUUUAUAGAUGAUGAUGAAUAUUUUUUCUUGGAUAAUGAAACAAAAAUCUCCAAAAUUGCACCUGACAGUUGGAGAAAAGGGCAGAUUUUGUCCUUUUUGGUGUUUCUACGACUCAAAUUUUUUGUUGAUGAUAUGUCCUUUGUUUUGCACAAACUGACUCGACACCAGUACUACUUACAAGUGCGUAAGGAUCUCCUGGAGGACAGGCUUUACUGUAACGAGGAGACUGGCUUGUUUCUGGCUGCUCUCGCUCUGCAGGCUGAGUUUGGGGAUUACAUGCCAGAGCUUUAUGGUAAGAAUUACUACCAGCCUGAGCAUUAUGUGUCCAAGAGAAUGCUAGAGAAGCUGGCCCUGCCCAAUGUCAAGGAAGAGUUGCCAAGACUACAUGCAAGUCAUUCCCAGAUGCUUCCUGAAGAGGCAGAAACAGAGUACUUAAAGAUUGCCCAGCAGUUACCGGAGUAUGGGGUUAUGUUCCACCGUGUGGGGAGAGAGAAAAGGACAGUGGUGGGAGAGUUGGUUUUGGGAGUCUGUGCCAAAGGAAUAAUUGUGUACGAGAUGAAGAACCACCUCCGAACCGUCACCAGACGCUUCCUCUGGAGGGAAACCGACACCAUAUCAACUGGGCGGCGUAAAUUGAUUAUAGAGUGUGGCGGGCCCAGUGGAAAAAAGCACAGUUUUAUAACAGAAAGCUCAAAAAUAGCACAGUACCUCCUGAACCUCUGCUCAGCACAGCACAAGUUUCAUAGUGAGAUGACGUCAAGACAACUUAACCACACCAUUAUACCAGAUGAAAACAUGAAGUACAUGACAGUAUACAGAGACCGUAACCUGAACCUGAAGCAGUUCUCCUGCUCAGAGGGCAUGUUGAACCAUGUGGGUUUGACACCUGGUCAACCAGACUCCCUCUCCAAGUCCUGUGAGAACCUGACUGCCAAACUGGAGGCGAGGCUGCGCCAGCAGAGGGAGAUGAGGAGAGAGAUGAGCAGAGAGCUGAACAAGGAGCUCACUGAAGCUGAAGACCUGGGGGACAUGAAGGAGCAACAGUGUUGGGGCACUUCAGAGACGAUUCCCAGAAUGAUGUCCAGUGUGUCACUACAGAAGCAGGACUCUGAAGCCUCGUCCUCUAUACGUGUUGAUACACCAACGAGGACCCCACCAGAGAGAGAGAUAGUCUGUGUGACCCUGAAGAAAGAUCCCAAACUGGGCUUUGGCUUUGUGAUAGUGGGCGAGGACAAUACAGGCAAACUGGACCUCGGGAUCUUCAUUGCUUCCGUUGUGUCUGAUGGGCCUGCGGACAAAGAUGGACGAAUAAAACCUGGUGGACGUCUCAUCUCCCUCAACAAGACAAGUUUGGAAGGAGUGACAUUCACUGACGCUGCUGCCAUCCUACAGAACUGCCCAGACGAGGUGGAGCUCAUUGUGUCCCAGCCUAAAUACUCUCUAAAGGACAGGAGGGGUUCAUUUAGUCACAGUACCCUGGGUUUGGCGCUGGAGAGGGGCUUUGGGUCACAGACCACACUGUGCAGCGCAGAUUUUCGUCCCGUUGUGGAGGAACUGGAGGAAGCCAUCAUUCUGUCCAACACGGCAACCCCCAGACAGAGCAGGAGGCUUCACAUUCCUGUGGUGCGAAUACAUGACGCCAAGGAUGUGUGUUCUAGGUCUCCCUCUAUCAUAAGUUUAAGAAAUGGCGAGCGCUUUGUAGUGGAGCUGAAGAAAAGCAACGGUAGUCUUGGCAUCAGUGUUGCUGGAGGAAUAAACACCAAUGUGCGAUAUGGAGGCAUUUACAUCAAGACUCUGGUGUCUGGAGGUGCUGCAGAGCAGGACGGGCGCAUUCAGAUUGGUGACAGACUGCUGGAGGUUGAUGGGUCCAACCUGAGGGGCGUGACUCACCCCCAAGCUGUCGAGUGCCUGAAGAGGACUGGGGAGGUGGUGAGCCUGCUUUUGGAAAGGGAGCCCACAAUAGUCUUGGAGCCCAGACCUGACUCACCCUGCCCCCCUUUGGCCCAAAGUUCAUCACAUACACAGCCCUCCAGGACGGAUGUCUCCAUGGAAACGACCUUGAGUGGUCGAGCCAAGGACUACAGCUUUGUGACUGAUGAAAAUACGCAUGAAGUGGUGUUGAAGAAGAGUUUGUCUGGCCUCGGUUUUAGCUUUAACAUCUCACAUAUGCACUCGGGGCCAGACCGGGGCAGCGUGGUCCGCAUCAAACGUCUGUUCCCGGGUCAACCAGCGCUAGAGAGCGGCCUGCUGCAAGCUGGAGACGUCAUUCUGUCUGUCAACAAAGAGCCUGUGAAAGACCUCUCUUACCAGAGGGUUUUGUUCCUGCUACGUGGAGCUCCAUCUGAAGUUCAUCUACUAAUCUGCCGACCAGGUCCUGGAGUAUUGUUCGAUUUGGAUGACAACACACUGAGUCCUGCUUACUUCCGUGAGGUUCGAUCUCAGUCUCUGGACAUCCGACUAGGAGACGACUACAGCCAGCUCCUCAGAUUUCAAUAUGAUUCUAUAAUAUCUGCCCAGAAGCAGGCCCCCACCCCUGAGGAGGAUCUGACAGACACAGCAGAGGAAACCCCAGAUCCUCCUGCAGCUCCAGCACUCCCAGAGACCCAGGAGAGUCUGGAUGGUAAAGUGCAGGCACACCAGACUCCUCCGUCUCGUCCUCGCUCACCCCCGUCACCCACCUCCCCUAUAUCACCUCCGUCACCAGUCUCACCUGCCUCACCUGCCUCCCCAUUAUCGCCUGCCUCACCCGCCUCACCCAUCUGUGGCUCUCCUCCAGCUCAACCAGAGGUGCAACCAACCACUGGGAAACCAGAGGAACAACAGGAAGUAGAAGCAAGGAAGCAGAACAAGGAAAGAGAUGAGAAAGAAGAAGUGGAGGUUGCAACGACAAAAGGCUCAACUGUGAUGCUUAUGGAUGUCUGCCCUAAGUCUGGAUCGAAAUAUGUAUAUGCAAGUGGAGUCAGAGAGGAUGCUGAUGGCAGUGUGACCUACUGCCUGAUGGGAAAUGGACUGACUAUCAUGGCAGAUGAAGAGUACCUGACCAUCAGCUCCACAAUGGAGAACCCUCGCAGCCCCCCCUCCAAUGUGUCCACUCAGACUCCAUCAUCCAACGUCAAAGACCUCCACCCUCGAACCUCCGACAGGACUUCUAGUUUCAGCUCUCACAAUCCCACCCUCGCUCCUAACCUGCCCACGACCACCGUCUCGCGCCUCAGCCUCUCGUCUGACACCCCGACCACUCUCUCCCUGGCCCACCCAUCCCCACCUCUCACCACACAGCCACCGAAAGCCAAGCACCACCCGAUCCAGCAGGGUCUGCUUUCAAGUCACUACAAAGCCGUCGGCAAGAACAGUCGGCCUCUGGGGUCCCCACCCCAGCCGCCGCCUGCACCCUCGACCCCCAUCACAGCGCAGGUCGGCCCCUCUGUUCCUCCCUGUGCCAGCCCACCUGCCCCGACACCGCUGCCCGCCCAGAGCCACACACAGCAGAGGGAAGAGCCCGAGAAGAGAGAGAGGGAAUACAAGGAUUACGAUUACGAGGAGAGUGAGGAAGAGGAGGCAGAGAGUCGGAGAAAGUGCUUUGUUAAAGAGUUUGAGCUGUCAGUGGUUCUGACCAAGUCGAGGAAUGGAAGCUUUGGGUUCACCAUCACUCGAAGCAAGCUGGACAACUGCUACUACAUCCAGGAAAUACUGGACAACCCAGCAAAGUCAGAUGGACGACUCCGGGCGGGAGACAGGCUCAUCACAGUAAACAGACACGAUGUAACCAGUGUGGCAGAUGAUGUUGCCAUGACAAUUCUCAGGUCAACUCCGAGAAGACUGGGCAUGACUGUGGGGAGAGCUGUGACCAACCUGGGGGCCCCGCCGUCCUGCGACAGCCUGCCUGAUGUAGUUAUCUACAAGACCCCCUCAGGACAGCUGGGUAUAAAGCUGACAGGAGGCAUCGGCAGCAAAUGGCAGGGCAUCUACUGUCUGCAGGUGGUGCCAGGCUCCCCAGCCAGCGAGGAGGGCAACGUCCAACCCAAUGACAAGAUCCUCUAUAUCUGUGGCAGGUGCACCCUGGGAAUGACCCUGGAGGACGCAGUCAAAGCCUGUGAGAUCGCCCCUCGUAAAGUCAAGCUUAAAAUCAUCAGAGAAGACCAGCCCUUGAACCCCAAGGCUAAGUGGAACGGUCUGUUUGACUGGAAAAAGGACAAGAAGUUCUUAGCUCGUUCCGAAGAGCCCGUCUCUCCAGAGAAAGAGUCUCCUUCCGAAGAUGCCGAACCUGUGUCUAGAUCUUCUGGAAAUUACAGAUGUCAAUCUAUUGCACAGGAACAUGGUAAUUGCAUCAUGCAGGUGGAGUUAAAAAAACCAGAAGGAGGAGGCCUUGGCUUUGCUUUGAUCGGGGGAACCAAUGGCAGCAUGCUCAGAGUGAGAGAAAACUGCUCUGGUGGAGUCGCUGAGCAGGAUGGUCGUCUGAGAGUGGGAGAUAUCCUUUUAGAGGUGAACGGUGUGAUUGUGUCCGGGCUCAGCCACAGUAAGGUGGUGGAUAUUCUGCGUAAAGCUGAAGGCUCUGUACAGCUCACAAUCUGCAGAGACAGGCCUCUGACCUACUGCGAGUCCCUGACACCGCCCAGCAUGUCUGCUAAGGAAGCUGUUUUAGCCGAGCAACCGGCUCCUGUCCCCAGCCAUGGCAGCUGUUCCUCUCCUGACAUCAUGCUGAAAAAACCAGUGGAGUGCCCGUCUGAGGCCACAUCAGACCCUUUGGUCAAUGAAGCUGGUGUUUUCGUUGCCUCAUCGCCUCCUCCACAACGCAGACUGACCAUCGUAACUGAUGACAUUACAAUUAUACCGGAGAGCUGUAACAACAGCCCUUCUCAUCAAGCCUGCUGCCCACCCCUCAAUGUCACUGACAUGUUGCAUGGAGCUUCUGACAGGAAACAAAUUGUGACCAAACUUUUGGACCGGUCCUGCAAAGACAUCCGGAAAAAACAGUCAGACGGCUGGAGCAGCGAAGAGGAAGAUGAUGAUGUGUUUGACGAAACGUGUCGAGAAACCACACCCCAAACAGGCCCACCCAUAGUCUCAGAGGACGAACUAGCCAGUUUAGCUCUCAUUAGCCCCUCGAGGACCAGUCAGUAUUCAGGCUGCAGAGUCAAAUCCCUCAUCCAUAUUCUGCAGCAUCAACUGGACCAGCAGGAACUGGUCAAAGAGUUCAUGACUCUGGAGCAUCUGAAGCCUUCUGACAACUGUCUGGUUGGAAAAGCUCCUGAGAACAGAGAUAAGAACCGCUACAGAGACAUCCUACCCUAUGACGAAACCCGUGUUGCCAUUGGAGACAAGCAGGACUACAUCAACGCCAGCUACAUCCGCAUGAAAGUUGGCGAAGAAGAGCUCUUCUACAUCUCCUGCCAGGGCCCUCUGCCUACCACAGUGCCAGCUUUCUGGCAGAUGAUCUGGGAAAACAAGUCUGACGUCAUCGCCAUGAUGACCCAGGAAGUAGAACGGGGACGGAUCAAAUGUCACAAGUACUGUCCAGAGAAGCUUUCCAUGCCUCUGGACACAGGCAGGUACCAGCUUCACCUGGACAACCAACAGUACCUGGAGCACUUCCACAUCAAGAUCAUCCGCAUGGUGGAGACAGAGACCGGGGAGACACAUUUUGUCCGUCACUUGAAGUUCACACACUGGCCUGACCACGGAGUGCCGAAAAGCUCUGAGCAGCUGGUCCGUUUCAUCCGCUACAUGAGGGCGGUGCACCAGAAGGGACCGGUCACUGUGCACUGCAGCGCCGGCAUCGGACGCACAGGAGUUCUGAUCUGCACUGACGUUAUCCUCAGCCUCAUUGAGAACGACCUGCCUAUCAACGUGAGCGAUGUCGUAAAAGAGAUGAGACUCCAGCGCCAUGGGAUGAUUCAAACCAAGGACCAGUACUUCUUCUGCUACAAAGUCUGGUUGGAGGUUUUACAGGGCAUUUUACAGCUUCACGGCAACCAAUGGCAACCGGAAAGUCCCCGAGACCACAAAUUAGUUUGAAUGUUUCCACCUCCGGUUCACCCACCUGUAAAGCACAGACUGCGUAUGAGUAACACGUGCAGUCUAUCAAGUUAGUUUGGUUAGCUAUAAUAAGAAUGCGUACUCCUGUUUUGAUACUUUGUGUUGAGGAGGCCGAAUGUUUAGUUCCAAUGACUUCAACUUUAACGUUUUUUGUUCUCUCGGUGCUGUGAUUAUAUUCAUUUAAUUUAGUCACUGAGGUUGUUUUGCCUUUUCAGGCUUAGUGAUUUGCCUUCUUUCUUUAGCUUCUUUUUGCAUCACUUUCUGAAUGAAUCUCAUUUACUUUUUCUCCAUGUCCUUUUUUUUGCGAAUUGCAUUUAUUUUUAACGCUUAUAAUGCAUGGAAUUUAGAAAACCUUAGAAUAUUCACAACUUUUAUCUGGCAGUAAUGUCAUCGAAGUGCACAAAUGAACAUAAGAUCAUCAUACCAAAGGGAGUAUCUGUUUGAAACCUUGAGUAGCAUUUGAUUAAGCAUUGAGUUAUCAUUUCAUUAAGUGCAUUCGUACCCUGGAGAAAAGGGCAUUAGCAAAAGAACACUAUUGAUUUGUCAGUUCAUCAUCUACGGAAAUGUAAAGAAUCAAGUGCCUUGGAAUGACUCACACCGCUUGCUCCACAUUGACCUCGAGCCACUUGUCACAAGCGGUCGGGGAUGGAGAGCAGGAAACGGAUUUGAGAGCACCCGGGGGUGGUUAGAUUGAAUGUGCAGCUUUCAGUCUGUUUGAGGUCUGAGGUGAAUGUUUGGUUGAUCCAAACCAGAGGAGGAUUAC